UUAAUACAAAAGACGAGUCCCCAACUCCCACGACUGUGAAAAAUUACACAGAGACUGACUUUGUUGUUGACACAGAACAGACAUGGGUUUCUUCAACCCCUUCUGAUGAUGAAUGAUGAGAAAGCAAACACACAGACAGAGGAGUCUGAAACCUCCAACAAAGGCUAGCUCGUUUUGGUGCAUAAACAAGGAAAGAUCAGGACAAAGUUGCACAACUCAAGUACUGAGAAAGCUAGCUAGCUCAUAGAGCAAAAGGAAAGAAACAUACACCAAAUGUUGUUUUGUUGUGUUGAAGCCCCCCUCAUCAAUUCAUGUUCUUAAUCUGGAGAGAGAAAGAGACAGAGAGAGAGAUUAACAAAUGAUGGCAGGAAGCCCUAACUGGUGGAGCAUGAGUUCCCAACCUCAUCAGCAAGCUUCUGCUUUCUUAUCACCAUGUCCAGCUCUCUUCCCUCAAUAUGCAGUUCCAUCUUCUUCACUGCCUUCCAACUCUUUGCCUGAUCAUCAUAGUCAAGACUUUCCACAGCCAUGGAACCAACUACUUAUGGGAGGAUUGGGGAACGAUGAGGAUCAAGACAAGGUUGGUUUGAGUCACUUUCAGUCCAAGAAAUUGGAAAAUUGGGAAGACCAAAUCUUGAUAAAUAAUCCAUCUUUAGGGGUUCCUAUUGUUGAUGUAAAGCAAGAAGUAGUUCAAAGUAGCCCAGUACUGUACGGAAACGGAGACGAUGAAUUUCAACAAGCACUUCCUUCUUGGUCUAAAGUAGCCGUUACCACUAUAAACAACAACAACAACAGCAACAACAUAUUGGACUUCUCAAACUGCAAGAGAGGGGGCAAAAAUCAACAUGCUGAUCAUUCUUCCGAGUGUGAUAGCACAGUCACUGCUGGGUUAUCUAAGAAGGCUAGGGCUCAGUCAUCUUCAACCCAACCACCUUUAAAGGUGAGAAAGGAGAAGCUGGGAGACAGAAUAACAGCCCUCCACCAAUUGGUUUCCCCAUUUGGAAAGACUGACACUGCUUCUGUAUUGUUAGAAGCAAUUGGCUAUAUCAGAUUCCUCCAGGGUCAAAUUGAGGCACUUAGCUCUCCCUACAUGAGCAAUGCAUCAAGGCACCAACAUUCUGCUGUAAGCAGCAGCCGUAUAUUCCCAUUUCCCAUUUCCCAAUGCCAAACCACUGUUCAAGGAGAAAGAAAUUGUGCAUUUCUUGAGGACUCUGCGCAGCUGCUGUUUGAUAAUUGCCUCAAAAGAAGAGCUCCCAAGCAGGGUAACCAAGAUGGUGCAAAGGACUUAAGGAGUAGAGGGCUGUGCUUGGUUCCUAUAUCUUGCACUCAUCAUGUUGGCAGUGAGAAUGGAGCUGAUUACUGGGCUCCAGCUCCUGGGGGAGGAUUUUGAAUAUUAUAGGGGCAAUUUGUUAGGUUGCAGCGGCAGCACACUGAAGCUUCCAUGGAUGGGAGUGAUAUAUAUAUCUAUAUAACAUCACGAGCAGUGAUCCAUCUGAUCUGAUCUGAGGCUGACUGCUCAUGAUGCUAUUGUGCUCUCUAUACAUUGGAAACUAAUAAAGUGUGCUAGAUAUAUAUAGUACAAUUAAUUUCUACUUGUAUUCUAAAAUCAUGAAGAGCAAUGCCUCUUUUGACAUGCA